AGCUUCAAUCAUGCAACUAUCUCUGCGCAGUCUACAUCCGAGAACGAGAAAGCAUCUGGCGACACGAGCGAGUCUUCUGAGGAGCAUAUCGCCACAACAACUAUUAGAAUCAGCGAGCAACCUCUUUCUUGCUUCUUACCCUUGGACGAUUACUCUCCCAAUACAGGUAAUCGCCUCAAUAAUAAUGUUCUCGAGUUGAGUUCUUGUGAAGAUGACGACCACGUUAGAAAGGGCUCGAAGGUAGUCGUCGAUACAGUGGUUCGUUCUCCAAAAACUCUAUCGGGUAGGAUAUGCGGUGUGCCCCAGUGUGAACCGCCAGGUGUUCAAGGAAGGCAUCAAAAGUGCACUCUUCUCUAG